AUGGAGGAAGUAGGAGGUUCACACUCCUCGGUCAGUCAGACCGAAAAGGGGUUGCACACCCCUCUGGAAGAAACAAGUGGUGCUACUCACCUAUCGAAUGAUCACAAUGGCGAAAAGCUGCCGCCCAUGGAUGGCGGCAUGGACGCUUGGCUGUUCCUCGCGGCCUGCUUCGUGAUGGAAGCUCUAGUCUGGGGAUUCGCAUUCACAUAUGGUGUUUUCCAAGAAUACUACACCGCCAGUGCUGAAUUCAAGAAUAGUGGGAACAUCGCUGUUGUCGGAACUUGUGCUAUGGGAAUCAUGUACCUUGAUCUUCCUAUCGUUUUUGCAGCUUACAGACAAUGGCCCAAAUAUCAACGCCUCGGCUGCGCUGUCGGUGUCCUUCUUAUGUGUUUCGCUCUGGGCCUGAGCUCCCUGGCCACCAACACCACCCACCUGAUAAUUACCCAAGGUAUCUUCUACGCCAUCGGAGGCAGCAUCGCCUACUCCCCCUGCAUUCUCUUGAUGGAAGACUGGUUCGACAGACGAAAGGGUCUAGCCUUCGGUGUGAUGUGGGCCGGUACCGGACUUGGCGGUGUUGUCCUCCCCAUCGUUAUGGAACAGUUACUCAACCGCUUCGGAUUCAGAACCACCCUGCGCGCAUUUGCCAUCGCGCUCUUCAUCCUGACUGCCCCACUGGUCUACUUUGUGAAGCCGCGCGUGCCGAUCCCGGACAACCGACCUAGCCCGCCGCCGCCGAACUUGCGCUUCAUCAUGACGUCUACCUUUGCGCUAUUCGAGUUUUGCAACAUCAUCGAGGCGCUGGGCUUCUUCUUGCCGUCACUCUAUCUGCCAACCUAUGCCGGCAUGAUUGGCGCGUCGAGCACCUUGCAGGCGUUGACUGUCAUUCUUUUUAACUUGGCUUCUGUCGUUGGAUGUGUGCUUAUGGGUGCCAUUAUCGAUAAGCUGGAUGUGACAGUUUGCAUUCUCGUCUCGACUAUCGGGUCUUCAAUUGGCGUCUUUCUGAUCUGGGGAUUCUCGAUGUCCCUUGCGCCGCUUUUCAUCUUCUCGAUCGUGUACGGUCUGUUUGCGGGCUCAUACACGAGUACCUGGCCCGGCAUCAUGCGGGAUGUAGUCCGCAAGAAGCCCUCCGCGGAAUCAAGCAUGGUCUUUGCUUGUCUUGCGGCUGGCAGAGGUAUUGGGAACUUGGUUUCCGGUCCCCUUAGUGAGGCUCUUAUUAAGGGAUUACCAUGGAAGGGUGAGUUGGCUUAUGGGUAUGGCAGUGGGUAUGGGUCUUUGAUUGUUUUCACGGGAGUUACAGGAGUUGUUGGCGGAGGCAGUUAUCUUGCAAGGCGUUUGAAGUGGCUGUGA